AUGUUGUUUCAAAAUAGUUCAAGCUCAAAAUCUUUUGAAGAAGAUCAAAACCAAGAAAUUGAUCAAAUGAUUGACGAAAUCAUCACUCAUCAUUUACCAAACACAUUUUCCCCUCGAGGUCCUAGACGUCAAACUAUGAAUGAUGGUGAAAGUCGUAUUCUAGCGGAUAGAAACCGUGAAGAAGGGCAUAACCGGUUGUUUAACGAUUACUUUGCGGUUAAUCCAGUGUAUUCAAAAAAGAAGUUUCGUCGAAGGUUUCGAAUGAGAAGACCAUUAUUUUGUCGAAUCAUGAACAAAGUGGUUGAAAACGAUAUUUUCAUGCAGCAGAGACGAAAUGCUGCUGGCAAGCUAGGGUUAUCAGGAUUGCAAAAAUGCACUGCAGCGAUCAGAAUGCUUGCGUAUGGUCUGGCUCCGGAUGGGGUUGAUGAAUAUGUAUGA